AUGUCUCAGCCUCAACAAGCCACGCUCUCUGAAUGUCAACUUCCUUCACUCGACUUCAUGAGAAUGUGGAUAAUUGAGAUGGAAAAAUUACCUAGAGACUGGAGAAUGAGAUUGACUUUGAGAGUGGCAUCGGCUAAGGACAUUUUGAGUUUAGAUUCAGGGUCCCCAGAAAUGAGGACCGCUAUGGUUCUGAGGACGUGGACUCGGGAAGCAGGAGUCACCAGUGGAUUCCUUCCUGAGUGGACACUGGAAGCUGCCCAGAACUCAAAUCAGAAGGGGGCAACGUCGGGCGUGACGGACCAGGAAGGAGCACUCCAGCCGGGUGGAGAUAUCUGGGGAAAGCACCACACAGCAGCUGUUUCCCUUUUUAUUAUAGAGUUCUUCCUCUGCUUCAGAAUGAUUGCACCACAGAAGGCGAAUACUGCAGUACAACAGAAACGGGAAGAGACACGACGACGGCAGAUGCAAGGGAAUACUACGUCAAUUAACAAGGAAUACCUGAUACGGAGUGAAGCGAGCCAAAAUUGA